UGUCCUACCAGUCCGUAUUCGAAAGAGUGAAAGUUUAUGAAGGUCCAUAACAGGAUGAGGAGGCGUCGAGUCGAUGAUGGGAGUUUUAAUGGGAGGUGGUCAACUGACGAGAGCUUGACAGAUCAAGACAUCUCAGCUCUACUACUGACCAGUAUGAACUUCACUUAACUUUUCCCCAGUCUUAUUAAUCCGGAUAAGUGCUGCAAUGUGUGGCACAGAAACUUUUCAUGUUUUUUCGUACUUGUUAAGAAUUCGUUAGUUUUUUGUAAAGUAAAGAUAUUUAUGGAUUAAUGAAAACAAAAACCCAUCAGCAAGUCAUAAUUACCGAUGAGAAAAGGAAAUUCAAAGAUUAAUCCAUGAAGACAAAGUUAACACAGUUAUCAGUUAUUACCUAAAAUGUUUUACGAGAAUGUCUUUGAGAGCUGAUGUGUGCUACGAUUAAGUUCAGUUAAAUUGAGAUUUCUAAUUGUCCAGGUGGUUAUUUGUAUAGUAACGAUUUUAAAGGAAUACAGAAAUGGAUCCAGUAAAAGAGCGUGUUGGGCGUAUGCUGCGAACCGCUAGAUCAUAUCUUCCACGCAAAGGAACGGCGGAGGAGAAGGUAAACUUUGCACUAUUUUCCAACUCGGAGAGUGAGAAAGAAUUAUCAACAUUACAAAAUGGUUCUAUACGGAAAUCUUCGUGGCCAGACGACCGAAGUCAAAGUGGCAGUGUGGUGGAUGAAUUGUCAGACUUUAACGUUAAUCCUAAAGAUAAGAUUUCAGAAUGGCAAGCCGGAUGGAAUGUUACAAACGCUAUACAGGGUAUGUUUAUAGUAAGCUUCCCUUAUGCAGUUGUCCAGGGCGGUUAUUGGGCUUUAGUUGCAAUGAUAGUUGUUGCCUAUAUCUGUUGUCAUACUGGUAAAAUAUUAGUCCAUUGUCUUUACGAAGAAAACGAACAAGGCAUAAAAGUACGAGUCAGAAACAGUUAUGUGGAAAUUGCUGAACAUGUAUGGGGAAAGCGAUUUGGUGGUCGCAUUGUGAAUUGUGCACAAAUUAUAGAAUUAUUAAUGACGUGCAUACUUUAUGUGCUCUUGUGUGGUGACCUCAUUAAGGGCAGUUUCCCUGACAGUCCCUUGGAUUUGACGUCGUGGAUUAUUAUAAGCACUGUACCAUUGUUAGCCUGUGCGUUCCUACAAUCUCUACAACGUGUAUCCAUGUUGAGUUUUUGGUGUACAGUAGCUCACAUGUUGAUCAACGCCAUUAUACUUAUUUACUGUUUUACAAAAGUCACUGAAUGGCAUUGGACUGAUGUACAAGUUCGGAUCAAUAUUUGGACAUUUCCCAUUUCCUUAGGGAUUGUAGUGUUUAGUUACACGUCUCAAAUAUUUCUGCCCACGCUAGAAGGUAAUUUAAACGAUAGAAGUAAAUUUACCUGUAUGAUGCACUGGACUCAUGUUGCGGCGGCUGUUUUUAAAGCUGGCUUUUCUUAUGUAGGUUUCCUGACCUGGGGUUUCGCCACCAAAGAAGUUAUCAGCAACAAUUUACCAACCCAGGUGUUCAAGAUCAUCAUAAACAUCAUCUUGGUCAUCAAGGCUCAGCUAUCUUACCCUCUGCCCUAUUUCGCGGCUGUGGACCUUUUAGAGACAGCGUUGUUUGUCGGUCGACCAGAAACUGUAUUUCCGGCUUGUAUAGACAAUACUCAUAGACUCAAAUUCUGGGCCCUGUUUUGUAGGCUAGCUCUAGUAUUAUUAACAACAGCUUUAGCUAUAUUCAUACCCCAUUUCGCUAUUUUGAUGGGGUUAAUAGGUAGCUUUACAGGAACUAUGUUGUCAUUUGUUUGGCCGUGCUACUUUCACUUAUGGAUUAGAUGGCAUAGUAUGAGUAGGUUAAGCCGUGCAUUGGAUAUAAUCAUCAUCAUUAUAGGACUAUCCUGUGGCUCGAUAGGGAUAUAUUAUUCCGGUCACGCAUUAACGAGAGCUUUCCAAGGACUUCCGCCAAGUCCGUUCCAUGGCUGAAUAUCAGAUUUGGCGGGAAAUCGAAGCACGUCACUUCGCGGCCAUGGAACAAUCAGACAAUGUAAUCAUGUCAUUAGUUAGGUGUCAGUUGAAUUUACUUUACAAGUUUUUUUCUCGGUAAUAAAUAUGCGA